AUGGAUACUAUCAUUGAUUUGUCCACUCUUUCCACACUCGACGACGUCCUCAAGGCUUACGACUUCUUAUGCAACGAAGAGAAGAGUACUGAGAGUGAGAUGAAUGAGUUGUUGUCCGACGACCAGAGUCUGGAGGCGUCGAUGGCUGGUCUCCGCAAAGACAUGCCGAACAUGUCUUUGAUUGAAUCGGACGCCAAACAGUUGUCGUCACUCAUUAGGUUCACGUCAUCGCUGGCCGACAGCGUGUCCUAUAAAGUCCGACGACUGGAUUCGGCCAAAACACGGGUCACUCAAUGCCUUCAACGCAUUGAAGACAUCUUAGACCUCAAGUUCUGUACGGAUGGCAUCCAAAAGGCGCUGUCGGCCGAAGACUACGAACAGGCGGCCGCACACAUACACCGCUUCCUCUCUAUGGAUGAGUCCAUUCUGCGGAAAUCGGCCGAAGAGGACGUCACCUACACUUCAGAGAAGGGCUCCUCAAUGGACGAGGCUUUCGAUCGCUUACACGACGCCGAGAGUCGACUCAAGGCUAUUGUGAUGAAGAGGUUCGACGAAGCGGUGAGCGAUGACGACGUGGCGUCAGUCGAGCGCUUCUUCAAGAUAUUCCCACUUCUGAACCAACACUCGGAGGGUUUGAAGAAGUUUUCCAACUAUUUGUGCACAAAAGUCAAUGAGAAGUCAAUCGGCAAUAAAAACAAUACGAAUCACUCUUCGGCCACGCAUUCAGAUAAGUUGACACAACUUUACGAGUGUAUAGCGAAGACUGUGGACAUUCAUCAGCCGCUGAUCGAGACCUACUACGGACCCGGAAGGCUGACCACAGUUAUCGAUGUCCUCCAGAAAGAGUGCGAUCGUCUCAGCAAAAGGAUUAUCGAUGACUUCAAAGUGAAGAAGAAUUUGUCACAAAUCGUCACUUUAGUGACCAAAUCACUGAAACCGAGCUCUAGUUAUCAAACGGUGACGAAAGUAGAUCCGAGAGAUUUGGAUCAGUUAUUGUCCGAAAUGAUUGUUCUCAACCAUAGGAGUGAAACCUAUUUAAGAUUUGUGUCGAAGAGAACGAAGAGUGAUAUCGAAAUCGCUUUUCCAGAAAAAAGUGAUAAAAUUGAAGAUCAAAAUGAAAGGACUGAAAGACUGAAUCAAAUCGAUUCCAUUAUAAGGAACUGUGAAUUAAGUCAUUCAAUACACGAAAUGAACGGAAUCUAUGUUCUGAUGGAAGAGUAUUUCAUCAGAGAAUCCACUCUUAAAGCCAUUCAAUUGGAUUGCGUCGAGACAUCGGGUGCUCUCACGUCCAGUAUGUUAGACGACGUCUUCUUUAUUAUCAAGAAAUGUAUCAAAAGAGCGCUUUCGAGCGGAAGUGUUGAUGUGGUCUGCGCUAUGAUUAACCAUUCGGUGUCACUCUUGGAGUCAUCGUUUUGCGAGGCAAUGAACGAGAGAUUACGAUACGGAUACCCGAGCACUGCCACCAUAUCGGGUGCGGCCGCCGCUCUUGACUUGAGUCAGGCCUAUAACGCACUCCAAGCGGGAAGAUAUCUACAAACGGCCAGUGAUUUAGAAAAAGCCAAAACACUUUUCUUGAGUUCACUCAACAAUUUGGACACCGCUUGUGAUUACGUGAAGACAUUGAAGACCUCGAUCUCAGACGACGUGAAGAAGGCGACGGUCUUACAGAAACAACAAAGUGAUAAACUCGAGAGCUGUCUCUCAGAUCUGGUCGCUCUGAGCGGACGCUUCAAAUCGAUCACUACAUCCGGUUUGGGACAGUUAUGCUCAUCCGUAUUGAAGCCUAGGAUCAAGACAUGGGUCGACGCUUUCAUCUCAAGUAACCAUAUUCUCAAUGAAGAGGACUUAAGCAGUUAUGAGUCGACCGAUGGUUUGCGACCUUUUAUGCAAACAUUUAUUAUAAGUAUUGAUGCGUUGAUUAAGUCAUUUAAGGAGAGUUUGUCUCAAAACAAUAGCGACACUCUUCUCAGUCUAUUCUCCACUGAAUUGACGCAAAGAUUGGGCGACGGAGUCGUCAAGUGUUCGUACAAUAAAUUGGGAGGCUUUCAGUUUGAUCGGGAAUUGAGGGCAAUAAUCAAUUACCUGACGCGUGCGACCACGUGGUCCAUACGGGACAAGUUCUCCCGAUUGAAACACAUCGCAAUCAUCUUAAAUCUGGACACUAUUGACGAAAUGAAUGAGUAUUUGAAUCCGAAUUCGAGUCCAUCCGGUUCUGUGGGCACAGAUAUGUUGAGCGCCUGGAGAAUGACUCCCAACGAAGUGAAACAAGCGCUCAAAUUGAGACAAGACUUCAGUCCGUUAGACAUCAAGAAACUAAAGCUCUGA